UAAUUCGAAAAUAUUUUUUGAAACUAUUUUUAAAAUUUUAUUUUCAAAUUUUAAUAUUUAUUUUCUAUUUUAUAAAUUUUUAAACUUCAAACUCAAAUCCCCACCCCUCAACUUUAAACCCUAAGGUUUGGAUUAAUUAACCCUAGGGGUAUAAGUGUAUAUUUACCUCUUUAAUGAAACAUUUUAGUCAUUUUGAUUCUUAGAGUCUAUAUUUGUGAUAGAAACUUUUUUAGUGUUAUCCUAGGGUUUUUCUCAAAUAUAUUUGAUCCUAAAUAAAUAUAUUUUCUAUAGUAUAACUAAAGGUUUUAAAAAGAAAUGUAUUAUUUGCAAACUAUAAAAAUAAAAAAAUUGGAAAUUUGCCAAAAUAGAACAAAAAAGCACACUCUUUGUCCCCUUAAUAUAAAAACAACAUAAAUUAGUCCAUUUAGUAUAAUAUUUACAAACAAAACCCAAUCUAACCCUUACUUUAUCAAUUAACAAUUUUAAAACUGGCUUUUAAAUAUCAAUAUAAAACAAAAACGAAUUUUGACCAAAAAAGACAGAGAAAAUAAAUAAAUUAAAUCUAAUCUAAUUAAAAAUUACCUAAAUGGAAACAAAACGAAAAAAAAAAAUUCCCAAAUCACUAUAAUAUAUGAAUUUUGUUUAGUUUUAUUUUUUGAUAAUUUUACAAAUUAUAUAUCAUUUUUUUAAUUUUAGGCAAUUUGAUUUAAUAUAUCUUAACCAAAAGAAAUAAAUGAAAAUCAAUAUAAAUUAUAAUUUUAAAUAAAUACAUAUAUACUCUUAAAUAUAAUUUUAAAAUAAAUGAAUUUGUUUUUUUUUAAAAUAAAUCAAAAUAAAUAAAUUAUAAUCAUUUAAUUUAUUUAUUUUACUAGAAAAUCGUUGAAAUCCGUUUUAGAAAACUUAAAAGAUUUCCACAUAUUUUAGAAUAUUUUGUAAGUGAAUUUGCCAUAUUCUUAUCCGUAGAACGUACACACCUCUACCCUGCGUAGAAACUAUUACCGUAUGUAGCCAUUUGAGUUGUGUAUAUAUUUUGUAUUCUUAGAAUUUUAGAAUUGCUCAUAAAAGUGGAAGCUGUAUUCAGAGAAAAUAUAGCUAUCUUUACAAUUCAUAUUCACAUUCUUCUUAUUUAGAAUUUUAUUUAAAAGUAGAUUAUUUGUUCAAGAGACAGUAGAUUAACUUGUUUAAUUUGGAAUUUAAUUUCUACCAACCCAAUUUUCAUAGAAGAUGAAAUAUACUUUUUUGUAGAACAUAAUUUAAAAUUUUAAUUUAACAAAUUUGAACCAAAAAAUAUCAUUUUGUGUUUUUUUUACGCCGGCAUUCAUAAAUCAUUCUGUGUAUAUGAGUGUUUUAUCAAUUGUUUCUAGUUUUAUGAUUUUUUAUUCAUAAAAUUAUUUAUUUCAUUCAGUUUGAAAAAUGGAAAGGUAAAAGGGAGAAAAAAUGGACAAAAAGGGUUAUACUAAAAAGGUCAAAGAUGCUGUUUUUUUAUUUUCAUUAUAUUUUGGCAAUUUUCCCUUGAAAAUUCAUAUUUUGAUGUGGUGCUGUUUUAAUGAUUUCAGAUUAUGAAUUUAUUGUACUGAAUUUAAAAAUAAAAUAGUAUUAGAUUUUAUCCGCGCAGCUACGCAGGAUUAUUUAUAUUUCUAAUUUAUGUUUUUUUUAUUAAUUUUGUUUGAUUUAAUGAUAUUUUAUAAACUUCGGUUGCGUCCAGAUUGUAAUUUUUUUUUUGUUUUCAGCUUGGUUCUGGUUCAGUUUUGGGCUUUGGUUUUCGGUUGAAUUUGAACUUGUUUUAGAUUUGGUUAUUUUAAUUUUUUUUGUUUGGUUCAAAUAACAAUGUUAUAUCCGAUAAACUUUUGAGUUCAAUUCGAGCCCUUGGAUCUAAAUAGGGAUAUGUAAUUUUCGGUCUUGAUUCUGAUUUAGGUUUUGUCAUUUACAUUAAUAAAUUUUAUUCAUAGAAAAAGUAGAUGGAUCAAUGAUGUAUCGUUUAAAAUUUGAUUGUUAUAUGUUGUUGAUGAAGUUUUAAAUAGAUUAUCUUCAUAGGUCUUAAACCAUAAUUGGAAGUAAGAGUUGUCUUCAUGUGUCUUGUUAUAAAUUAAUUGUUUUAUUUAAUUCUAUAGUUAUAACGUAUUUUUGUAAUACUAUAGAGGGAUUGUAUAUUAUUUAUGUAUGGAAUUUUUGAGUUAGCUUACUUGCAAUUGUUUGUAGGACUAAGAAUUUUAUGGCUACUAUUAUAUUUUUUAACCAAACCAAACCUAAUAUUCAGGGUAAAUGAAUGAUCUAAAUCAUUAUCAAGCUGUAUAUCCAAACUUAGAAUUAACCAAAAUGAUAAAGAUAUCGCCUUAACGCCUGCAAUCUUAAGGCUUUUGCACAUCUCUGAUGGCUUCAUAGUUGAUAGGCAAUGCAUAUCUCAACAAAGGUCAUGGGCCUUUGAUAAGAAGACAGGAGAUUUAACACGUCUGAAAUUGUUGAGUUUUUCCCUAUGAAAGCAUUAGAAGGGGGAAAACAAACGAAGGUACUCAAAAUUUAAACAAUAUAUUUAGUAAUUUUAACAUAUAAAUUUAUACACAUAUAAUUUUAAAAAAAAAUCCAUUUCAGAUGAAAUAAUAUAUAAAUUUUAUCAAUAUCAUUUCUGCAACAAUGCCUCCACCAUUGCUGCUUACUCAGAGGAAACCUCAGUUCAGAAACUCUAAUUUUCUCUUAUUCGAGGCGAAGCUUCAUCCUUCUCCUUGAUUGAUAUGAGAUCGAGUUUAUGAGUAUUGAGCUUCCUUGUAGAUAGAAGAAGCCCUAGCAUGGCUCUUAUUGUGAAAGCUAGUGGUCAAAGUUCAGAGUCGUCGACUGAUCUCGACGUCAUUAGUUCAAUUCAGAAUGUUGCAGGUCCUUACAACACAGAUAAUUAGAUUUCCCAUUAAAAAUCUGGUUUCUCUUAGUUAUCCUCUAUGCAAACGUUACUCCUCUAACAUAUCUUGCUAUUCUUCCAACACCUCUUACGGAUUCACUCGGAUAACCUGGAAAAUUAAACAGCACCAGUAGUGCACCACAUGAUUAACACCAGUGAAAUCUAUCCCACGAGAAGCUCUGCUAACUUUUUGGAAAGAGAAACAAAGUUUUAAUAUCUUCAAUGUUCAGGCAACAAAAUAUAGCAUCACAAAUCGAAGUACCUAUCCAUGCAGACCAGAAAGAGUGGAUUAUCUCCGGGUGGGAUGAGAUGAAUUAUUACAAGCUUGUAAGGCUUAACUCCAGAAACUGAAAUUAAGGUUUACCGAUUUCAAAAUUUAAUUACAAAUAAUCAAAAAAGGAAUUGAAUGACUAUAUGAGUUAAUGUUACUAUUUAUUUUAGGAAUAUUAUCAGGUUGAUACAAAAAUACAUUAUUUUAAAAUUGUGUAAGAAUUAUGUCCAUGUAUUAAGCCUUGCAAGGUAAAACUCUAAUAUGUCCAAAAUAAAAACAUGCAUUGUAACUUUCAAACAUGACUCUAAAUUAAUAAAUUAGAUAUAAGAACAACUAACAAAAAAAAUGUCUAAAACAAAUCAUUAUAUAUUAAUAAUGUCGAAUAAGUAAACAUAAGAUUAUAAAGUUACACAAUAUAUAAAUUUAUAAUCUAUAUCAUAUAUUUAAAGAGUUAACUAUAAUAUCAAAGUUAUACACUUGUAAAAUAAAAAAUACUCAUACGGACAUGUAGGUCAAGCAUUAUAUGUUAUAUUAUAAUCUAAUAUGUUUCAUGUGUCAUAUCCAGAAAUAAUUUUUUUAUUAUAAUUUGUUCUUUAAUUUUUUAACAGCGAUAUUAGAUUUUUUUCCUUAUAUAUUUGCAUAACAAAUUUCAACUAAUUUUUAUAUCUUUGUUUCCUUAACGCUCCAACCAAAAAAAAACCUGCCUUCAAAAAUACACAUAAGCAAAGUUGAUAAAAUUACUUGCUUUUUCUAAUUCAAAAGAAAAAUAAAAAAUUUAGACACAAGCAAAUUGUUUACAAAAAUUUGUGACACCUCUGCAUAUAGCUUCAUUUAUGACAAUUUUCUAAAUUGCGUUUAACAGGUCGGCAGAGUAACAGAGAAAGACAAUGUUGAACUCCUUAUUUGAUUAAAUAAUUAGUGACAAUCUUAGUAUCAAUUCUUACCUAUCUCCACGUAACGUCAAAGUCUUAUCCUAUUUAUCAUCUCUUCCAUCGAAUCAUAGUCCAACUCAUUAGAUUUAAUCCAAUCCUUCUGUUAUUGUUUCAACUAAUUUCUGUUUGACAUGUAUAAAAAGCUCUUUGACCUCCAGUAUUUUUAACAAGUAACAUAUUUCAGAUUCCUUUUUCACACAUAAAAAACUCUACUCAAAAACCUUUUUGUACAAACCUAUAUUUUAAUUUAAAACUUAACCAAAAAUGACUUCUCACGGUGAAGGAAUCGAAGAGGAGCAAAUAUCAAGAAUUGAAAAAGGAAUAGAAAAAGAUUGCCAUGGCGGAAUCGAGACAAUCAUAUGUACUUCCCCCAGCAUUGUUUGCCUUACUCAAAAGUUGAUAGCAGAGUUGAUUGGGACGUAUUUCAUAAUAUUUUCUGGAUGUGGAGUGGUGGUGGUGAAUGUGUUGUACGGUGGAAAAGUGACAUUUCCAGGGAUAUGUGUGACUUGGGGUCUGAUUGUUAUGGUCAUGAUUUACUCUGUUGGUCACAUUUCUGGCGCACAUUUUAACCCUGCCGUCACUAUCUGUUUUGCCAUUUUCCGGCGGUUUCCUUGGUAUCAGGUACCAUCGUAUAUAGGUGCACAACUUGCGGGGUCCUUACUAGCUAGUUUGACAUUGAGGCUAAUGUUCAAAGUCACACCCGAGGCUUUCUUCGGAACAACUCCAGCUGAUUCUGCGGCACGAGCGCUCGUCUCAGAGAUCAUUAUCUCAUUCCUCCUCAUGUUCGUUAUAUCUGGUGUUGCCACAGAUAGUCGUGCGAUCGGAGAAUUAGCUGGAAUUGCGGUAGGGAUGACAAUAAUAUUGAACGUCUUUGUAGCCGGACCGAUAUCUGGAGCAUCAAUGAAUCCAGCAAGAAGUCUAGGACCAGCAAUUGUGAUGGGAGUGUAUAAAGGAAUUUGGGUUUACAUUGUUGGUCCUAUCAUCGGAAUUGUGGCCGGAGGUUUUGUUUACAACUUCAUCAGAUUUACGGAUAAACCAAUAGGGGAACUCACUAAAAGUUCUUCUUUCCUUCGUAAAGCUUCUUCCAACAACAAUGCUUCUAGUUCUAACAGCUAAUAUUUUGUUCUCUUUCUUGUAUUUGACUGUGUUAGUCUCUUCUAGACGUCUCUUUUGUUGUGUUAAGAUAAUUUGGUUUCUUUUGACUUGGUGUUUCUUUAAGAUGAUUAAGAAUUGUCCAUUUUGAUUUAUAAAAUAAUCAGAUAUUUUGGGUAUAGUUUUUUUGGAUUGAUUUUUGUUAUUGAUACAUGAACCAAACUAAAUCCGAUUAAAUUUCAGAUAUUUUUGAUAUAAUUUAUCUGAACCGGAUCUAAGAGGUACCGAACCGUAUUCGAUAUUGAAUUUUAAAAUACCCCAAAAUACCUGAAAAUCCAAAAAAUUAAUCUAACCCGAAUUCGAUCUGGUAUCCGAAUGCCUAAGCCUAAUUGUAAUCUAUGAUAUUUGCAGAAUGUAUAUUCUAUAGCAUCUUAAUAAGUAUUCCUUUUGUGAAAUUUUAUUUUGACCAAUUUUUUUUCCAAAAAAUUAAAGAUUCCAAAUUAGAAGAAUAUUGGAAGAUAAUAUUUCUGUUUACACUACCAUUAAAAUUUUCUGAAGUAUUCUUACAAUACUUAAAAAUAACAAUGUAUUUAAUUAUAAAAGUAUAUAAACAAGUUUUAAUUAUUUAGGAAAAUCAACUUAUAAUUGUGCUAAAUGGUUGAAAUAAGUUCGUCAGUUGCACUGUGAUAACAAUAUGAGAACUGGCAAGACCGAUGAAGGGGAUCCAUUGCUUGUAUAUUUUGGACCAGUACCAGAGCCAAUGCUACAAAACUCAAUAAUGCAUUUAAGAUGUUAAAAACCCAACUUAAGUGACUUCUAUUUUUGAUUAAGAGGAGUCACGACCAUGAGUAUAAAUUGUCAUUUUGUAAUCAUUGUAAAAUGAACCAAGAGAUGAAUAACCUUACAACUCAAAUCAGAUCCAUUUUGUGAAUCUUUCAUUAUUCCUCCCAAACCAUUUCUAACUAUGUUUUGUUUUUGUAGUGGCAUUCUUUCUCAUGGAUCCAGCAUUUUUUUCUUAGUUUUUGUAGGCUUCAACUUUUUUUUUUUUUAAACACAUUUUAUGCUUAAACUUAGACCAAUUGUUCUUCUCUUUUCAGACUGAGUAUUCAUAUUUUGUCCUAAUUCUGACGUAAUGCACUUCUUAAUUUGUCAGAUGGCUAAAGAUGUCUUACGUUGUAUGAACAAUUAGUCACUGUUAGAGUUUACAUCUCUCUCUAUCUAUGAAAAACGUUGAUAUAUGCACUCUUCUAUCAAAAGCAGUAUAGUUGUCUAUUGGUUUUAAGUUCUAAUUACUAACUAGUAUUAAUAGCGAUAAUAAAUGUGCAUGCUCGUUUUGAUAAACUAUGAUAAGUUUUAUUAUAACAACCUAAUCACAAAUGCAAUAAAAAGUUGAGUAAAAAAAUAAAUAUCAUUUAUUUACCUUCUAUUUCAACUUAUUGUAGCCAUUCGUCCUAUGAUUCAAUGGUGGAGAAUAUGAUAGCACUUCAUUGAUUCAAUGUUAUUGUUUGGAGGCAAAGUCAUGAGACAAAACCAAAAAACCAGCUUAGUUUUUUUUUUUUAAUUAUUAACCAAGGGUGUUCCGCGGGCGGUGACCCAACCGACUAAUUCCCUGGGGCUUAUCCACCAGUGACAGGAAAAUCCGAUUACUCUACGUGAGAGUUAGAAAUCCACGCCACCUGGCCAUAUGAAAAGCUAAUAAUUUCGAGGAAUCGAUUCCUAGCCUGGAUCAACAAAGCGACUUCUCAUCUAGUGGAAACCACUGGACCAUCACGAUGUGAUUAAAAUCAGCUUAGUUUAUUAUGACUUUUCAUAGUAAGUGUUUACUUUCAAGAAAGGGUGCAACAAAAUUUGAUUAGUUUGAUCUGAUCAUCUUGUAAAAUUCUUCGUUUAGAAAAGUCUAUCGUAGAUGCUCGAUGAAUACAACUCAGACAAGAGAAAGAAUAAGAAUGUUGCAGGGAAAAAGUAUUUAGCUACAACUCUUUUACAUUGUAAAACCAGACACAAAAGAGAAGAAUGUUCUGUUGUAUGCAUACGUUUACAAGAUACACAAUAUAUAUACAUGAGUUGACGUCCUUAUCAUAAGUAUAAUAGGACUUAUCUAAUAACUCUAGGUCUCUAACUAUUUAUCACUAAUAUUCUCUAAUACUCCCUCUCAAGUUGGAGUGUGGAGAUUGAGAACACCCAACUUGGGCAAAAACUUGACAAAAUCUGAUAUCCAAGAGCCUUAGUGAGAAUGUCAGCUAGCUGAUUAUAUGUACGAACAUGAAUCGUUUUGAUACGCCCUGAAAUCACAGCAUUACGUACAUUAUGACAGUCCUUCUCAAUGUGUUUGGUUCUCUCAUGGAACACAGGGUUUGCCGCAAUGUGUAUAGCAGCUUGACUAUUGCAGUACAUAUGAACUGUUUCAGGCAAUGGAUUACCAACUUCGUGAAAGAGCUGCAUCAACCAUUUUAUUUCCCGAGUUACAGCUGACAUCGCCCGAUACUCGGAUUCAGCGGUAGAGUGACUGACUGUGUCCUGCUUUGUAGUCUUCCAGGCGAUAUGUGACUGGCCUAGGAACACUACAAACGCUGUGAAAGACCACCUUGAUAAGGGCAAGAAGCGCAGUUCGCAUCACAGUACACACGUAACCGCAGAUCGCACUUUGCACGAAGUAAAACACCUUGUCCUGGUGAGCUUUUAAGAUAGCGAACAACAUGUUGAGCUGCCUCCCAGUGUGCUACCUUGGAUUUGUCCAUAAACUGAGAGAGCAUAUGAAUAGCAUAGCUAAAGUCUGGCCGAGUCAUUCGUAAGUAAACCAAGCGACCAACGAGGCGCCUGUAUUUAGAUGGAUCGUCGAACAGAGGGCUCUCUGUCCUUCCAAGCUAAUGGUUUUGUUCUAUCGGUGUCAAUGCUUAUCGAUGUGUUCUUGUAAGAGGACGUGUAAUGACAAUGUGUUAAUGCUUAUAGAUGUGUUCUUGUAAGAGGACGUGUAAUAACAGUCUAGUGAAAGAUACUGAAAAAAGGAUAACGUCAUUAGCAAUGUUUCUGUGGUAGCAUUAUCAAUGGAAUAACAUACUGCGUUUGAUAAAUUAAACCGAGUAGAUUCCUAAACGAGACAAACCCGUAAGAAAGAAUGAGAUAGAUAAAAGACAGAUCUUUUUAAACUGAAACCAAAUCUGAUCUUACUUCAAUAUGUCACAACUUAUAUAUAAAGGAUAAUGGAUGGGUUAAAUAAACCGGAGGAGAUAGAUAGUCUCCAAUUCUCCAUAAGUGAAAACAAUAAAGAAGGACAGCCCUUUUAUAUCACCCAUUAACCUUACUCUUGGUUCAACUACUUGAUGCAGAGCUUCAAGUCCAACAAUUCACCACGCAAUAAACUUUGAGGAGGGAUCAACAUGGAAUUCUCUUGAGGAGUUUCCAAGUUGACCUCAAGAAUCUUCUUCACAUCUGGUGAUUCAUAUGUCAUACUGUGUCCAUCCGCAAUUGUGUAUCCUGAUGCGCACACAAAUUAUAGUGACCGUAGAGAUCAACGUAUGAGCCGGCGAAGUUGCAAUCUUGUACAGGGCAAGAGCAAGGAGAGAAGUUACAUUCCUUCUUAUGCAAUGAUUCUUUUCCCAAAGAGACGUUCUCAGUGCAUCCAAGCUUGGCGUUAAGGCAUGAUACAAAAGACUGAUGCGAGCACAGUCUCCAUUGCUUUGCAGGACAGAACUUAGGUUCACCCCGUAGGGUGAACCUUUAAAUUCACCCCACUAUUUAUAACCAAUAAAAUUUCCACUUAGAUUAUUAAUUAAAAAACAUUAAAAUGAACAAAAAAUAGCUA